UGUGCGGUGCAAAAAUUUAACAAUUAUGUCAUUUUUUCUAUAUCUCUCACAUCAUAAAAUAAUUUCUACUUAAGUAAGAUAAUUCCUCCCCCAUCAUUCUACAAUCCUUAUCAGCAAUGAAUGAAGAAACAAAUAUAGAUGUAUCCUAUUUGAGUUGUGAUGUAAAUGGCACAAAAUAUAUUUACAAAAUUGCGCCAUAUUCAAUGGACAUGAUAAAAGAUACAACCUUUAGUGAGGAGCAAAAUACAGAUAAUAUUAUGAAGGAAACUAAGCUGGAAAAUGAAGAAGAGUUAAUUUCUUUGGUUUAUUUGAAUGGACAAGUAUAUACGUUUCAAAAUGGAGCACUUCAGUUGGAUACAAAUCAGAUUAUAGAACAGACAGAUUUUCAUGAAAAAGCACUCUUAACGUCAAAGAAUAUGGAAAAUUGCGAGAAUGAAUGUAUCACUAAUGGAAAUAUAGUAGUUAAAGAUACAUAUGAACAUUCUGAGGAACAAUAUGAAGUUGCUGCAGAAGAAACAAGGAAAGACUUUGUUAUAGAAGAUGAUAAUGUUAAUAUUGAUGAUUUUAUAGAAAUUGUAACUGCUUUUAAAUGCAAGAUAUGUGCUUACAUAACUCAAAAUAAAUUUCAAUUAUUAAAUCAUAUUCAAAAAAUACAUUUAAAUUCUACUAUGGAUAUUGAGCCAAAAGAAGAAUCUAAAAAUACGAAUGAAGUAAGAAUAGUUUACAUGUGUGCGGAAUGUUCCAACUGUUUUCCUUCUUUUGAGGAUUGUAGAGAACACAUGAUUAAUGAUCAUCAAUUAACAGAUAUUGGAAGCGAUGAAGCAGGAAAAGAAAAUUUAACCGGUCUGACGAACCCUGACUUAAUAACUGAACAUGUAGACCAAUCUAGCGAAAAUAAUGAAGUAGAUCAUCCAGUAAAAAUUCCAAAAACAUUAAGCUUAGAAUAUACGCGUAAUAAGAAAAUGAAAGAAUUAACAGAAAGAAAUGUGAAGUGUUUGUAUCAGAGUUGUCCAUAUAAAUUCGCCUCGGAAGAAAUUAUGCAGCAACAUAUUCUAUGUCACACAGAAUCUGAAACUACGACAAAAUUUAAAUGCAGUGUAUGUAGAGAUAUAAAAUUUACGAAGUGGCGCCAAUGUAGUUUACAUUUGUGGAAAAAGCAUCAAAUUGAUGUAGGUCUGUUUACUUGUAAAAUAUGUGAAGCUUACAAAAGCGCUAGUAUGGUAAAACUUUUAACACACAUGAGAGUGCAUAGUGAUACUCGUGAUUACGAAUGCCCCGAUUGUGGGAAAUGUUUCAAGCAAGCUAGUCAAUUGCGCAAUCAUCGUGUAAUGCAUUUAGAUCGCAAAACCUUAGAAGGUACUCGAUGGUAUACUUCUAAGAAAUGCGACAUGUGUGGUAAAACCUAUGCAAAUUCAAAAUGUUUAAAGAAUCACAUUCAAGCCGUGCACUCGAAGCUACGUCCUUAUGUUUGCAAUGUUUGUGGUCACUCUAGCGCCAGGAAAGCGAUGUUGCAAAUGCAUUUACGUCAACAUACAGGAGAUAAACCUUUCAGAUGCGAAAUUUGUGAAUAUAGAACUGGAGACCAUAACUCAUUACGACGGCAUAUUAUGCAACAUACGGGAUUUCGACCUUAUAAAUGUCCACAUUGUUCAUACACUGCAAUACAAAGUAGUAGUUAUAAAAAUCAUUUAAAAUCAAGGCAUCCUCUACUCUCUGGCUUAUUUACAUGCGAUCUAUGUCCUUUUAAAACAGUGAAAAAUGAAAGCUAUUUUCAACAUGUACGAGAUCAUGAAAAGGGUUUAAUAAAAUCUAAUAUGCAGAAAAAAGAUAAUGAGAAUGUAGAAGUCUUUCCCGGUAACAUUGCGGCAGCGCAAUUAGUUUACAGCUGUCUGGGUGCCUUUUCAAAAGAUGGGGAUACGUUAGAAGCUAAUUUGAUGUCUUCCUCAACAUCUGCUGAUGGUACUUCGCAAACAAUCACGAUACAAAUACCAUCAAAACAUCUCGAGGGUUCAUUAUCAGCAAGAGAAAGUUUAAGCAAAACUAAUUCUACAAUUGAGCAAGAAGAUGACGAGACGAUGCAUUGCUUCUUAAAAAUUCCUAGAGAAGAAGAAGAAAGCAUAGAUACUGGUGGUAUUACAAUACCUGCAGAACCUGAGGAAAGAAGUGUGAGGAACAUUAAUAUUGAAGACACCAGCAUGACAACUAGUGAUAUUGAAGAAACAAAUGUGACAACUAUCGAUAUAGAUGCAUGAAAUUAUGUAAAUAAUAAUAAAUUAAUAAUUAAUGUCA